UGCGUCACGGGCACUUCCGGCGUGCGGAGCCUUCCAAGAUGGCGGCGCUGGCGUUGAGAUGUGCCGGGCAGCGCCGGCUCCUGGCUCGGCUCAGCCCCAGCUUCUCCAUGUCACAUGUGGUCCCGAUGGCAACGACAGCCAAGGAGGAGAUGAGUCGCUUCUGGGAGAAGAACACCAGGUCCAACCGUCCCCUGUCCCCUCACGUCAGCAUUUACAAGUGGUCCCUGCCCAUGGCCAUGUCCAUCACGCACCGCGGCACCGGCGUUGCGCUCAGCUUAGGGGUCUCCCUCUUCGGCCUGGCCGCGCUGGUGCUGCCACAGCCCUUCCCACACUACCUGGCUAUGGUGAAGUCUCUCAGCCUGGGCCCUGCCCUCAUCUACUCAGCUAAAUUUGCCCUGGCUUUUCCCUUCUCCUACCACACCUGGAACGGGAUCCGGCACCUGGCCUGGGACAUGGGGAAGGGCUUCAAGAUCCCACAGGUGAACCAGUCGGGGGUGCUGGUGCUCAUCCUGACCCUGCUGUCGGCUGCCGGCCUCGCAGCCAUGUGAAGGCCUCCUCUGCCUCGCUCCAUCGGGAAGCACCAUAGGAGCUGCAGGAGGGGGGGGAUCAGGCUCCGGUGGGUGUUAUCCCUGCUCCCAGUUUGUGGAUGGUCAGAGCUGCUUUUUGCCCCCCCCCCCUCGGGCUGUUUCUGUGCCCUGCUGUGUCCUGAGCUGCAGACAAAGCCGGGUCUGUGUCCCACAGGAGUGGGCUCAGGACAAGCAUCUCCAUUGAGCAGCCUGGAAGAGCCAGAGCUGCCAACGCUGGGCCUGCCGCAGGGAUGGUGGUGGGGCUGGAUGGGGCUCUGAGCCCCACGGCGUCCAUCCAUGCUCCUUAUCCUGCAGAACAUCCCGAUCCAAACAGCUCUGGGGGGAGGAACACCCCAGUUCCCUCCAUCUGGAAUGCAGGAUGCAGUUUUCCAGUGGCACCAGCUCCCGUUUGGGCUCUUUGCCACGUGUCACCUUUGCAAUAAAGCAGCUUUGAUCCUGA